AUGAUACCAAAGAAGAGAUCAAAAAAUUUGAAAGAAAAGUUUCUAAUAGAAGAGAAGCACAAAAUUGAGAUUGAAUGUACUAAGAAAGAUGAAAGCAAGGAAAUCCUAAUUGUUAUCGCAGAAGAAGAGAGAAAAGAAGCUGAUGAAAAUAAAGAAAAUUAUACAAUUGAGACUGAAUAUAAAAAACAACUUGAAAGCAUGAGAGGACAAAAUAAUACUGGUGAAGUUUUACAAGACGCAGAUAAAUAUAAACAAAUGGAGAAAACAGAUUUAGAUAAAAUAAACAAAUCUGAGAAUUUAAAAGAAGAUGAAAGUGACAAGGAAUCGAAUACAAAGGAAGAAGGAAAAAAGCAAUUGAGAGUGAAGAAAAUACGCAGAACUUUAUUUUAA